AUGUCGUAUAACCUACCGUGCCCAAGCUUAGUGGGCCUUAUACUCGUGGCCUCGACCCACAAUGGCCCCCAUUUCUCCUUCUGCUACCCUCCCGAAUUGGGUUCGGACGAUUUCCACCGCAGAAAACAAACCACCUCUGAAGACCAACUCAAUGAUGAAGAUUACGUUCAAGAAGAGUCUGCAGAGGGACCUGAAGAAAGCUACGAUUUCAAUCAUAUGAAUUCGUAUAUAGGCACAAAGAAGGAUAUUUUGACGGUGCUAGAUACCCAGGAAAGACUCAAGAGAGAACGAAGCAUUGAUGUUCACUCAGCUUCUAGCUUGCACAACGGAACAUCUAGAAGCUCUUUACGCCAGGUCACGUCGAACCUGAGCAAGGCAUCGACGAAUCCGUUAGAGGACUCCAGUAGGAUCCUUGGAUUCGAAAGGGAGUAUCUUAGUGAGAUGCUCUGUCCGCCUCGACUGAUGUGUAAUAGUCGUUUUGAGGUUAUGAUUGAAGAUGUGGUGUUUUUGGGACUACCUGUUCAUAUUGGGCCCGAUGGGUCCUGGCGUCCUGGAAGGCUGCAACGGAAACUGGUCGCCGAAGUGUCUGAUAACGAAGAGGAUGAAACGCUGACGAAGAACUCCAUGUCGAUGUUUCACUUGGUGUUUGUUCUUGAGCCGCCAGAAAUCGAGAGGAACUAUAGAAUUGACGAGAUGUUCUAUUGUGUCACGUCAAAGUUGUCAUUGGUGCUUCGAUACGAGCAGCAGAAACGAGAUUAUGUUUGGAACCAGAUAAGGCUUAUUCUGAAGACGAAGGAGGAAUGGAGAACACAGACCACUCUUCAUUCAACACUGAUGUCAGACUACUUGAUAUCCAAGCUGUCGCUAUGUAAGCUCAUUGUGGACUGCUUUGAAGCUAUUUCGUCAAGCAAGAUCGCCAACCUCUUGGUGAACAACAAACGCAAGUCGUUCCAGAUCCCGCUAAAACUGGAAUUCUCAUCGUUGCCAGACUCGACGGUACCGUAUAUUCCAGGCUCUCAUUUAUCAUCCACAGCCAAUAUGCUUGCAUCCACUGGGCUUGUUAACUUGGGUGAAACCACUAGAUACCACACGAAGGGCCUCAUGAACUUGCUUCUAGACGGAAGCCUUACGUCUGGUAACUACGGCGCUGGAGAGGAAGUAAACUCACUGGAUGACGAGGAAGCCAAUGCAACUUCCUCAGAAGAUGUAAUAUACUUUGCUCUUCUACUACUUGAUAGUCCUGAGGUGAUUAUAAAGGAGUUAAAGGCGGAACCGCAGAGUCAAUUGGCAAGGUUUAUCAGGCUAGUAAGGCCUACAGAGUCAUUGAUCAAGAUCACAAACAAGAUGAAAUCUAUUUAUGGCGAGAAAUCACCUAUCAGCUUAUCCCACAUUAAAUCAUACGCCUUUCAACUCAUCUACUGGCGCAAGGCAAGGGUUGUGCCUCCACUUAACUCAAGAGCCAUCUACAUAGUGUCUCCCAUGGCACCACUCGAAACCAAUUUCAGAAGGGAUAUUAGAUUGUUCAAGGAAAGCUUCUCGACGCUUCCGUCUUUACCACUGUUUCUUAAACUUCUAUCUACAAGAUCGAAAAAGCCCAAGCAAUUCGCCAGCAUCAUUCCUUCACGAGACCAUAAAGAACUAUACUUAUCUGCCCUUGCCUGGUUAAUCAGAUUUGGCUACGUGACGCAACUACAUACAUACAUUUGGCUCAAGAUUCCGAGGAAGAUUAAGAUGAGAGUUGAAGAGGAGGAGGAAACAGAACGAGGCAAAGAACCAAAACGCAAAAGAGGACUGGAUAGCACAAAAGACCUGACUGUGGUGGAUAAUAAAGUCGACAACAAGGUUGACAAUAAAGUGGAUAAUAAGCUUGAAAACCCUGCUGACGUUUCUUCUUCGCCCAGUAAGGCUACAAGGGCCCCAGCGUCUAAAGGGUUGCUGGGCUCAUUGGAUAGUGAAAUCGCCAACAUCGAAAAAAAGCUCGGAAUGGCCAACAUUGCAUCAAAUAUCAUUCUUCAGGAAGAAGAUGAUACUAUCUUAGUUGAUCCUGGAAGAGCAUCAAGCACACAAAGAAGAUGGAUAAACCGGGUCAUUCACGAGGAAAGCAAACUUACGCCCGAGCUCAUCGCCGUCUUCUACAAGCUUCUCAAGUAUAUGAAUGGUAAGAACUCACUUGAGCUUUUGUUGCUUAAAGAGAACGUUUCAAGAGUUGAGCUCAGGAAACUUCUCCUAGCAAUCGAAGACUUUAUCAUCUCAGUCAGACACUGGUAA